AUGAACCAUCUUUAUAUCAUCACGCAGGGACAUGUUUCUUCUUUAGCCUUUGUUUAUCCAGCUUUGUCAGAGAAAAACGUGGUAAACUAACCAUCGUAUUUUAUUUUGUACCCAAAGCUAUCUGAAGGUUUCGACAAUUUGCUCCACCAAGCAAAAUACUUGCAGCUUCAAACAGACGAGCAAAUGAGAUCUGAUCCUUCUUCGAGCAUU